AUGAGCGACACCGUCAGUACUCGAACUAAAACUUUAUCCGAUUCUACGGCGUCUGUCUCAACAGAGGAUCCUUUGAUUGAAGACAGAUGGACAAAUAACAUCAGCUAUCGUCAGCUAGUGCUCUCUUCUUGCAUAGGAAUCAUUCAACUCUGGUGGCACCCAUACUUGCAAGAUUUUUCCAAACUGCUGCCGUUUCUGUUUCUCUACAACGUGUUUAGUAUAUUUUUCGCCUACCCGCUCUUCUAUAUGGAGUUGGCUUUGGGUGUUGUCACCAAAAAAGGGGUCUUGAACUGUUGGGACAUAGCCCCGAUCGCUAGAGGAAUAGGAAUAGCGAUGCUCAUAUCGUCAAUGUUCACGGUGCUAUCUCUUGGCGUGGUUAGUGCAUGGUCACUGUCAAUGACAGUCCAUUCACUUCAUUCCUUUUUACCCUGGUUACACUGUGCUGCAACAGCGAAUCCACCUUGCGCAGCUCGUCAUCGCCCCUUACCCCAAGGCAGCGAAGUGCCACCACAAUCGUUCUUUUUUAACUUCAUAUUAAACUUGAAACGCGAUGGACUUUCUGGCGGUUUAGGAAAUAUAGUGCCGGAUUUGACCGUGUACUAUGUUAUUACCUGGAUAUUAGUGUACUUUAUUGCAUGCAAACGAAUUUACAGUUAUUCAAAGUUGGUUUUAUUCAAAGAUGUGCUGACGUACUUCAUGCUGGCUUUGUGUGCUGUCGGUGUAGUGAGACUUAAAGGUGCGGGGAAGAUAUUUAAAGAGUGCGACUGGGGCGUGCUUUUCAAUGGAUAUCAGGUAUGGCGAGAUGCUAUCGAAUACUCAUUCCUGCAAAUGUCCGUAUCGCAAGGGACCUUGGUCAUGCUUGGUUCCUAUUGUCCCAAGGAGAAACAUAAACUUGCGACUACCGCGACACUAGCCUUCUUGGUUUCCAAGACCUGCUGCACAGGAACUGCUCUUAUAUUGGGCGCUGUACAUGGCGCGUUGUCUUCAGAUUACGAUAACAGCACCGGUAUUUGGAGAGGAGCUUCAUCUUCAGUGGUCCUCUGGUCAGAUUACGUUGCUCGUAUUCCAGGAAGCCAAUUUUGGUCUGCGCUAUUAUUCUUCACGCUUUUCGUCCUAUCUGUUUCUUCAAUGGGAGGCCUGUAUAUCCUUAACUUCUUGAUGCAAUGGCCAGUGUCUAAGACGCGGGCGCCAAUAGCAGCAGCUAUGACGCUGAUCAUAACUUUUGUGUACGGACAAACCACCUUCUGCGAAGAUGUCUACUUUGCCCUCGACGAGUAUCCCUGUGUAUUCUUCAGGGUCUGUUGGGCGCUAGCACCGCUCAUGCUUUUGAGCACAUUUGUGUCGGGUUUUCACUACGGACCAGCGGCUGAGGCGACCCUUGGGUGGACGUUGGUAACUCUAACGCUGAUGCCGAUAUUAUUCGUGGUUCUACUUUAUCUUGUCUUCAAGUUCAGAGUCAGGAACAUCGUCAACGAGAAGUGA